GAUUGAAUUCAUCAGAGAACAGGGUAGUGAGACAACUGAAUAUGCGUCGAGCAGCCACUUCCCCUCCACCAGAUGAACCUGUUCGAGCAAGACCACGACGUGUCCGUCGGCUAUUUCAGAAGGGCGAGGGUAGGAUGACGCAUUUUACUCAUGAACGCAAAUGGCCACGUCCGCUCAUACUUAAGAAUACACGCCAUUAAUUUAUGUGAACUCUGUGUGGAGUACACCAAAAAAAAACAGUCGUGCAUAUUGUAAAGUAAUGACACUCAUGUGCAAAAAACCAAAGUCGUCCGCUGGUAUCCAUUCCGGGACAAAAUUGUCAUCUCCGCUGCUGGGUUUUAUAGUGGGAGUGCUGGCAACUUCGCGCGCGCGUAUUGUGUGCGAGGCGAAUUUUCUAUCUUCUCUUUUUAUUUUUUGCCACUAGAGGUUGAAUUAUGCCUGAAUUAACGGAGCAAGAGAAAUUGGAACGUCGUCGACAGAAGCGUCAACAGCGCAUUCUGGCCUCAGCUGAGAAUAGACUCAAUAGAAUAACGGGCACCGCAUUCCCCAACCGAGCUUCGCCUACGCCUUCUCCUUCCACAUCAGCAUCAUCUUUGGCACCUUCGGAGCCGCAACGAUUGUCGCCUUCGCGAUCCACAUCACCAGCUCUGCUCCAUAAACCCUCGUCUGAAACGCUGCGAUCACGGAAGCAGAGCCCUAUUACACCAUCCCGUCAAAGACGGCCGAGCGAUGCGGAUCCAAGUGAGGAACUGGGUGCUCCACCGCCACUGGAUCUCAACUUGUUUGGACGCACCCCCAGUCCUUUUGUUGGAAGUUCCAACAACACCACUGCCGGUGCUGAAGCAAAUCCAGAUAUGCCGGACCUCAGUCAGCUUCUAGGUGGUCAGUUUCCAUUCAAUCCAGCAUUCUUAUCAAAUAUGCAACAGCAACAACAACAGCAGCAAACUGUUGCAGAUACAUCCAAAAAGUAUUGGCAGCUUUUGCAUCUUAUAGCGAUGAUUUGGUUGGGUUGCUAUGCCGUAUACAUGGAAUGGACAAAAGUUGGUAUCGAGCGGUUUGCAAGUUUAUUAUGGACAAACCCCAAUGAGAUGGGUCACUUGGCUUAUGCGGAUGUUCACGUUCCGUUGUUUUGGUAUUUCGUGACUGUAGAAUUAUUGCUGCAAACUGGAAGGAUGGUAUAUCAAAAGGGGACCAUGGCCAGUACAUCAACCUUGGGAGCGUUGGCAGCGCAACUGCCGUCCCCAUUCGGUAACAUUGUUACGGUGGCUCUCCGGUACAGGCUCAUUUGGUCAUGUCUCGUUCAGGAUUGCUGUAUUCUUGUGUUCAUUAUCGGCUUGGCGGAGCUUUUAUCUGCAAGUCUUGCUUAGAAUCUAAUGAUCUAUCCUAUUCUUGUUUCUAGCGAGGUGUUAUUUUUGUUUGGGAGGAAUAUGGUCUUGGUCUAAUUGUAUAUCAAAUCGAAAAGAAAGCGACAACGCGCACGGGCAAAGCAAGUUGGCAAUUUGUAUG